AUGAGCUUCAUAGCACGACUUCCUUUGCGACUUUCACGAAAUAUACACAUAGGAUUCCGCAAGAUGUCAAACGUUGCGGAUAGUUACGACGAACCAGUCUCAAUCGCUGUGAUCGGCGGGACUGGUCUCCAAUCUCUCCCAAACUUCACACACGUCGCGACACUCAAGCCAACGACACCAUGGGGCACUCCUUCUUCCCCGAUCUCGAUCCUCCACCACCCGUCGCCCUCGACGGGCAAGCCGAUUGCCGUGGCCUUCCUCUCCCGCCAUGGACUGCACCACGAAAUCGCACCCCAUGAGGUCCCAGCUCGGGCCAACAUUGCAGCUCUACGAAAGAUUGGCGUGAGGACUAUCAUUGCUUUUUCAGCAGUGGGUAGUCUGCAAGAGGAGGUCAAGCCCAGAGACUUUGUCGUUCCAGACCAGAUCAUCGACCGCACCAAGGGCAUCCGUCCAUUCACCUUCUUCGAGGGCGGUAUGGUCGGUCAUGUCGGUUUUGCGGAUCCUUUCGAUGCGAAGGUCGGCGAGAUUGUGCGUCGCUGCGGACACAGCCUGAGUGGUGAGGGUGUGCGACUGCACGACAAGGGAACUGUGGUCUGCAUGGAAGGACCUCAAUUCUCAACACGAGCCGAAAGCAACAUGUACCGAGCAUGGGGAGGCACGGUCAUCAACAUGUCUGCUCUGCCAGAGGCCAAGCUUGCGAAGGAGGCGGAGAUCGCAUACCAGAUGAUUUGCAUGAGCACGGAUUAUGACUGCUGGCACGAGGCCGAGGGCGACGUGACGGUCGAGAUGGUUAUGGGACACAUGAAGGCCAAUGCCGAGAAUGCGAGACGCUUCGUCGGGAGUGUGCUGGAUGAGUUGAGCAAUGAGCAGCAUAGCGAUGUCGUCCUUGCGAAGCACUUGGAGGGACAGACGAAGUUUGCUGGUAGCAUGACUGCACCGGCUGGACGAGGUAAGGAGGCAAAGGAAAAGCUCACAUGGCUCUUCCCGGGUUACUACGAGUAG